AUGCCUCCGGCUCGACCACCGAACAUUGCCCUUACCGAUCCUGAGCUAUUUCUCGGCGGUAUCCGUUCCCCACUUACUAAACCUUCUACCCCUAUCACUUCUAUGCCUGGUACACCUGUCAAUGAGACGAACUGUGAAGAUCUCAAUGCGAAAGAGUUGCUGAUGCAAAUGCAAAUUCUCGCUUUCGCAGAACAAGGUAUUGGAAGUGAACUUGAACAACUAUACGCAUCUUUCGCUCGAUGUCUUGAUCUCCGAGAUAAAUAUAUGGAACUUUCGAAUCAACGAUUAGGUGAUAAUCCAAAAGAUCAUGAUGGGACAUUUCACGGAUUCACCCCUCGAUCAUCUGGUGAUGUUAUGGGACUCAAAGCUGAAGUGGAGCAAGAUGCAUGCGAGGGACCAUCUGCAGCUGAAAAUGAUGAAUUGCCCACGUGGAAUAUCUAUCCACCACCGCCACCACCCCACUGGCAUUGGAAACCCUCGCAGGGAAGUGUAAUGCCUGAACCAACCUCAUCGGAUGGUACGGAAAUGACCAAAACUACUACAUCAACCAGUAUCAAGGAUAAUCAAACUUUUAAAAUUGAAGAUUGCAAAAUCCACGAAGAGGAUAAACAACAUAUUUUCCAGCUGAAUGAUGAAGGUGUUUUCACUGUCUAUUCUGCCACAGAACAAUCACCUAGAGUUAACGGUGAAGUGGAUUCCAAAGGUAAAAAACCGCUAGCUAGAAUACCAACCCUUAAAGAAUAUUUCACAGAUCUAGAUUAUCUUUUGGGAGUUUGUUCAGAUGGACCUGCCAAAUCCUUCGCAUUUAGGAGAUUGAAGUACCUAUCGUCAAAAUGGAGUUUGUACUGUUUGUUGAAUGAAUAUCAAGAAUUGGCAGAUAUGAAAGCUGUCCCUCAUAGGGAUUUCUACAAUGUUAGGAAAGUUGAUACUCACAUUCAUCAUUCGGCAAGUAUGAACCAAAAACAUUUAUUACGAUUUAUUAAAUCGAAAUUGAAGAGAAACCCAAACGAAAUCGUCAUCCAUCGAGAUGGGAAGGAUCUCACUCUGAAAGAAGUAUUCGAAUCGCUCAAUUUGACUGCUUACGACCUAUCGAUCGAUACUCUCGAUAUGCACGCUCAUCAGGAGUUCCACCGAUUCGAUCGUUUCAAUGAUCGAUAUAACCCUACUGGAUCUUCGCGAUUGAGAGAGAUCUUCUUGAAGACUGAUAAUUUGUUGAAAGGGAAAUAUCUCGCCGAACUGACCCAGGAAUUGAUAGCGGAUUUGGAACAAAGUAAAUAUCAAGUUUCCGAAUGGAGGUUGUCGAUCUACGGAAGAAACCUCGGUGAAUGGGACAAACUUGCUAAAUGGGUUGUCAAUAACAAGCUCGUUUCGCAUAAUGUCAGAUGGUUAAUCCAAGUUCCAAGAUUAUAUGAGGUGUAUAAAGGUUCAGGAUUGGUCAACAACUUUGAAGAUGUUGUGAAAAAUGUAUUCCAACCUUUGUUCGAAGUAACGAAAGAUCCCUCAUCACAUCCUGAAUUACACAUCUUCCUCCAACGGGUAGUAGGAUUCGAUAGUGUAGAUGACGAAUCGAAACCUGAAAGAAGACUUUACAGGAAAUUCCCCACCGCCAAAAUGUGGGAUACAAAUCAGAGUCCUCCGUACAGUUAUUGGAUAUACUACAUGUACGCUAAUAUGGCCUCUUUGAACGCUUGGAGACGAUCAAGAGGAUUCAACACUUUCGUGCUCCGACCACACUGUGGAGAAGCAGGUGAUCCCGAUCACUUGUCCUCGGCAUUCUUGACUGCCCAUUCCAUCUCGCAUGGUAUCUUACUUCGUAAAGUCCCAGCAUUACAGUACCUGUUCUACCUGAAACAGAUAGGUCUAGCUAUGAGUCCGUUGAGUAACAACGCACUGUUCUUGACGUACGAAAGAAACCCUUUCAAGGAUUAUUUCAAGGUUGGAUUGAACGUCUCCUUAUCAACUGAUGAUCCCCUGCAAUUCCAUUUCACCGCUUCCCAUCUAUUGGAAGAAUAUUCAUGUGCUGCUCAGAUCUACAAGCUCACCCCUGCGGAUAUGUGUGAAUUGGCCAGAAACUCGGUGUUACAGAGCGGAUGGGAAAUGCAGGUCAAGAAACAUUGGAUAGGUCAUAAGUGGUAUUUACCCGGUGCAGCUGGUAAUGAUAUCCACAAGACCAAUGUGCCUACUAUUAGAUUAGCUUAUAGGCAUUCUACAUUACUUGAAGAACUUGCAUUGAUCCGACAUGGUCAACAUUCACCUUCAGCCACUCCGACGCACCUAAAACAAUCUUCUCCAGCGCGAUUACCUCACCAGCCUUCCCCUCAGCCACCUUCAACGUCGAAUGACCGAACAACAGUGAGCAACCGACCGGGAAUGACAAAUCAUCCCUCGGACGUAGCCGCCGCUGCUAUGUCAAUGACUAACUCCAGUGUAUAUGCACAAGGAGAAUCUCAUCCAAUCGCUCCUCACUUGAUUGGCGGGGUUGGCACGUUAGGUGAGAGAAGUAGGAAGAAGAGUGUGGGUCAACUGAAAGGUGUGAGUUUUGGAGGUGAGGCUGUAACGCCUCUUGAAAGUGACCAGGUGCAUGAGGCUAGGAGAUGA